ACGUUUUCCGAGAAUAUCCAUUCAGGAGAACACAAUCUUUACACACCCAGUUUGUUUCUCACUGUGUUGUUCACAAGAACGAGGCCAGCAGUACAGGCUGUCCUUAUCACCACCUCCAGUUGUAGAUUUAUCAAACAUUACAUAAUGGGUGCAUGGAUUACAACAUUGCUGGAGUCUUUUACGAGUCAUUGCAAAAAUAUACUUCGAGAAGCCAUCUACGAGAUCGCUAACCGUUUCUUUAACAGCUUUGUUUAUGCCUGCGCCUUUGUUCCCUGGGUUAUUGGAGUCGCCAUCUUGCUGGUCAGCUACUUGUCAUCGCACUGGCAAGUCUCCUCUGACUUCAACAAUGGCUUGUGGAGAUGGUGUAACAAGAGUGACUGUGGCUUUGUUCCAAGGAGUUCUUACAACAAAGUCUUUUUAAGGUGUGCACAAGUAUCCGAGACUCUAGGACUUCUGUUUCAUGCCGUCUCAGUAUACGCGUGGGUGCAAGUAGUUAAACCCAGUGUGAUCGAUCCCCGGUUGGCCUCGUGGUACAAAACAAUUGCCUGCCUUUGUAGUAUAGCUGCAGGUUCAUUCAUACUCAUUGGCUGCGCCAUUUUCUGGAUGAAGACCUCCAACGCAGGUCCUUCUUUCUCGCUGGCGGCGCUUGGCGGAAUGUUGCAUCUUCCGUGUGGAGUGUUAGGACUGGUUACACUAAAAAGUAUUAUCAGAACACGAACUCGAAAUAGAGCGGUAGUUAAUAAUCAUUAGGCCUUUUUUUCAGAAGUAAUUUAAACAUUUAGAGAUGUGUGUGUGCUGCAAUUGUCUUAUUUUUCUAAAUCUUCUUAUUUACUGAAAUUCACCAUAUUAAGACCACAAUAGACGAAGUAAAUACAGUAAGAUUAAUUUGAUUGCUCUUUAAAUAUUAUGUGGAAAUAAAAUAAUCUAUUCCUUACAAAUUUCUUUUUAACUCACCACAUCUUUCUUGGAAAACUAUUUUCAAGAGUAUUGGAAAACCACAGCUACAGAUGGGCAACAAAAAUGGUCAGUUUUCUUUUUAACUGAGGACAGAGGACACUGUCAUAAGUGAAACAUUACGCCAUGACCUCGUAACCUUUAAAAUUAGGGGUUGGUGGAGGGCAGAGAGAUGAAUGAACGACACAAACUGAUGACAUCUCUGGACUUACAGCUACCUUGCCUCCCACAACCAGUUGAUCAGUCUAUUCUACGUCAGUAACGAUCUUCUCUACAUAAACUUCGCCUGUGUUGCUGCUUCCAAACUGGAACUGAAAAGAGUAGAAGUAAAGCGGGGCACCAAAGAUUUCUGAUUAUUUUUGUAUAAUGAAACUGUAAUUAUUUAUUUGGAACUUCUUAAGCUGACUUAUGAAAUAUAAAUACUUUUACUUUUUUAUUUUGUUUUUGUUUUUGUUUACUUCUUUUGCAUUGCAGUGGAUGGGAUGUUUUCUUUACGUCCUGUGACGUGAAGGCCUCCAGGUGAUUAUAUUCACCGAUGAUUUUUCUAGGAGUGAAAUUUAAUAUUUUUCUAUUCUUUCUUUUACGUUCAUCCUUAUUUUUGCAUACAAAGUACACUACCAAAAGGUCUCACAAAAUGCAUUGUUUUCAGUUUACUAAUAGAUAAUAAGUUAUACUGUACUGGUUACGCAAGCUUCGAUGUGCUCCGAUUAAUAACUAUUAGUGUGAGUGUACUCCAUUUUAAGAAACACACAGCUCUGUGCUUAAAAGGUGUUCAGAGCUCCUCUUGUAGUGUUAGUGUGUCCACGAUAGAGAUGAUGUGAAAUACAAUACAUUAGUCCAAAUAGGAUUUGUGUCCGACAUUUGAUGUCCACAAAACGUCAGUUGUACUUUGUGAUUGGAUGUUUGACUGAAAUAAAAUUCGUUUUUAUUUAUCAAGAUGUGGCAUGUGU